AGGACGCUAUCAGCUGCCGUAGGGCUGACGGACCCUUGUUCGGACUUUUGGACUACCAAAUUUAUUUAUUUCAUUGUUUGACGAUCGACCUUCUCUCCGUAAGCACAUGAGUUUUGGGAUUUGAUAUCACGAUAAAAUGGCGAAAACACCUAAGGUCAAGAAGCGCGAAGUGAAAGUCAACUCACGCGCUGCCCGCCGUGGAGCGAGCCCAGCGCCCAAAGACGCCGAGGUGAAAGCAACGACGACCGAAACAGACUAUAAGCCAUGGCUACACACACCACAAGGAGCCGGCAUUAGCAAGAAGAAGAAGACCAAAACCCUCACUCGUCAGCAACGAGCGCGGCAGGAGCGCGGACUCGAGAAGGCGGCUGCGAUCGGCGGGAAGCUGGAGAAGAAAGUGGCAGACAGUACAAAUCGAGGCAGGAAAGUCGAUGCGAGGCGCGCGGAUUGGGAAGAGCUGAACGAGAAGAUUGCUGGGAAGAAAUUGAAGAAGGAGAGCAAGUCCAAAGCUAUGAAGAGCGAGGACACGGGAGCACCAAAGCCUAUGGAGGAUGUUGUGAUCAUGGCUGAUUCAAUGCACGCUCCGCCCAGCCGUGUGGAUGUUCCGGAUACGUUAGCUGGUAGUCAGCUCAGCGUGGGCCAAGGAGACGAGUGGGAGGAUGUCGACGAGGUUACGUGA